CUUAAUCCGGCCACGCCCCCCUCCCUGAGCCCCGCCCCCUUCGUGCCGUCAGCCCCGCCCCCUUUGUGUCCCGGCCCCGCGCCGCUCUUUGCCCGCGCCGCGCCCGGUUCCGCUCCGCACCCACGGAACGGACCCACUUCCGAACCCGGACUCACGGCCCCGCAGCCACACCCGGACCCGCACCGCGGACCCAUGGACGCGGACCCGCGGCUCGCAUCCCCGCAGCCGGUACCGGAGCCGCGCUCCGGACUCGCGGAACCAGACCCGAACGCGGCCCCGGACCCGCGGCCCGAACCGGCGGACGCGGAGCCCGACCCGAAUCGCGAUCCCGAAGACACGGAACCGAAUCGGCGUCCCGGUCCCGCGGAACCGGUUCCGGCCCCGGCGCCCGCCCCGUGCCGUUGGUUCUUGGAGGGCCGCUGCCGUUUCGGUCCGCGCUGCCGCCACCCGCAUCCGGGGCAGAGUCCGACCGCCGGCCCGGAACCGGCAGCGAGCCGGGAGGAACCGGGAGCGGCGGGGAAGAAGCCGCCGCUGCGCCGCGCCGCCGCCGUCCUCAGCCGCCUCCGCUGGGACCCACGAGCGGAUCCCGCGGCCGCCAGCGUGGAGUAUCGCGACCGCUUCGUGGGCGUCGUGGAGCGGCCGCUGCUGGAGUUCUUCACGGGGCCGCUGUGCGACGCGGGACCCGCGGACCUGGCGGUGCCCGAACACCGCAUCGUGCGGAUCCGCUACCGCGGGCGGUGCGUGUGGGACCGGGAGAACCGCAUCGAUCGCGUGUUCGGGUCGGGGGGG